AACUAGCAAGUUGUGCUGAAAUUCAGGACAUUCAUACAGCACGAAGAGGGUGGACGUGCGCUACACUAACUCUUAAAGUCUCUGCCGACCAUACUAUUCAUUACUGCAAGCAACAGCAAACAUCUGUGUACAUCACUUCCUGUACUAAUUCUACAUGUGAAGUGCGGCUGAAGAAACUGCAUUUCAACUUCGAAACGCAACCCUGGUGCAACUCGAAUUGUGAAAGUGAUGUUUAACAAUGCCGUUGCCUGGAAUAAAUUAGUAAAGGAACCAUUGCGCUAUCACCGAACAACAGGAUUGGAUUGGUAAACACAAUUUCCUGCAUUUAGUUGAGCACCAUUCUCGUGAUUUGGUCCGAGCCCCUGUCUGUCAGGCCCGGUGGACCCCUUCCCCUUGGAAGUGUCUUUCAGCCCAGUGUCAGUCAGAAUGGGACAAUAGCCGCAGUCGCCAUCGGACCUCCCCCUUUCUCUCUUUGCUCUCUGUCUGCCCCGUCCCCACACCCCUUAACACUCGCACAUAUAUAUAUAUAUAUAUACACACACACAUACAUACACAUACAUACACACAGACCCAGCCAGACCCUGACCACUCCCACUGUACUGGUUUUGGUCCACUCCCUCUUCCUACCGCUCUAGGCAGCCAGCCUUGUGAAGCCAAAUGAAACCAUAAUCCCCUGUAAAAGAUAGAGGCCUAUACAGCUGCCUAUCCUCCCUUUGUUGUUGGUGGCUUUUUGUUUAGAGGGCCCCCAUGAGAGUAGCGGCUAGAGAACACAAGGCAGCACAACAGCACCCAGUCAGCCGUUUUACUGGAAACAAACGAGCUGUGGUGGUGGUUGGGACACUGAUGGAAUUCUAAUAGCAUGAUGUUGGGCUGGCAUAGCCACCACACGCCAUCAAUGAACCAGAGGGCCACCAGCAGACUUUGGAGAUUGACACAUCUCAACUUGUGGUGGGACAAGAGGUUGAAAUAAAAACAUAUUUAUUCAGGAUAUUUUUUUGCCUCCUUUUUUUGCUUCUCCAGUGAUCAGCUAAACCAAAGUGCCUUUCUUGGUUUCUCACUGUGCUUUUACUAUAAACUUGAUCUAACUUCAUAUUACACUCCAAUAUCUGAAAAUAAUAUCUAUAAAGAAACAUUAAGGAUUUUGCACUUUUCAUUCAUACACCUCCGUACCCAUUGCCUGUUGCACUUGUCAUAUCAUACAGUUGCACAGUACUGACAGUGCACACGUGUUUACAGUAAAAACAUACACCCCUGUACCAACUUGACAAUCCCACCCCGUAUUUCACCCAACCACAGCGUUCCUCUAGUGUCGGUUGCUAAGACUAACAAAGCCAAACAUAUCACCAAACCGCUCUCCAAGGUCCUUUGUUGUGACACAGCCGGUGACAUGGCGACGUGGCUACAGUCAAAAUGGCGCUACCUGUUCAUGUUUCUGGGUGUCCAGCUGGUUGUCAUGGCGCUGCUGUCCCGCGAGGGCUACCACAAGCGAGUGUCAUACUUCAUCAGGAUUUUCCGCAAGCUGGAGACCACUGCGACGGGGACGUUCGGUGCCGGCUCUCUCCACGCAAGCAAUCACACGGGCGGUGACGUCUACGCCAACUUGUCCCUCCUGGCCAAGGCCCACCACGGCCGGGGCGAGGACAUGCCCUACUGCCCCAAGACGUCUCCCCUGAUAGGUGGACCAAUCCACGUCAUCUUCCCCUCCGGGUUGACACUGGCCCAAGUGGCGCGGAAGAAUCCUUUGGUGGUCCGUGGGGGGCGCUACAGGCCGCCUGACUGUGAGGCGCGGCACCGCACCGCCAUAAUAAUUCCCCACAGAAACCGGGAGCACCACCUGAAGUUCCUCCUCUACUACCUUCACCCAUUCCUACAGCGACAGCAGCUCAAUUACGGCAUCUACGUCAUCCACCAGGCUGGUAACUACACAUUUAACCGGGCCAAGCUGAUGAACGUUGGGUUCCGAGAGGCCAUGCGGGAGGAGGACUGGGACUGCCUCUUCUUCCAUGAUGUGGACCUCAUCCCUGAGGACGACCGCAACACCUACAUGUGCGACGCCAACCCCAAGCACACCGCCAUCGCCAUGGAUAAGUUUGGAUACAAGCUGCCAUACAAGAUGUAUUUCGGAGGGGUGUCAGCGUUGUCUCCACUGCACUACCUGAAGAUGAACGGCUUCCCCAACAACUACUGGGGCUGGGGAGGAGAGGACGAUGACAUUGGAGUCAGAGUAUCCCUAGGAGGGAUGUUCAUCUCUCGUCCAUCGGUGAAGGUUGGCCGAUACAAGAUGAUCAAACACAAGCUGGACAAGGGAAACGACGUGAACCCCAGGAGGUUCAACAUGCUGGCCAAGACACGUCAGACGUGGAAGCUGGACGGCAUGAACACGCUGGAGUAUGAGGUGCUGUCACGUGACUACUUCCCCCUCUACACCAACAUCACUGUGCACAUCGGCACAGAGGCAGGCCUGCAUGCCACGGCUCCGUCCCCCAAGAUCCUUGCCAAAGCCCCAGCAAAGCCGCCGGUCGAAGCUCCCGCCAAACCUCUAACCAAGCUCCAACAGAACCACUGACUUGGACCAACUUUACCCACUCCACUCCCAUCCCCCACCCUCCUGCCGCCGACUCUCCCCUCCUAACUUAUGCCUGGGAGCAGGGAUGUGACAGAGGGGCCCUGGGCCCUUAAAGCGCUCCUUUCUUUGCCUUCACCCUUCAACUGAACCGCAUAUCAAUGCCUACAGGUGGCAGGUAGCCUAGUAGUUAGAGUGUUGGGCCAGUAACCGAAAGGUUGCUAGAUCGAUUCCCCGAGCUGACAAGGUAAAAAUCUGUUGUUCUGCCCCUGAUCAAGACAGUUAAUCCAUCAGCCGUCAUUGUAAAUAAGAAUUAGUUCUUAACUGACUUCCAGUCGGGAGAGGUGGGUGGCUCCCCCUAUUGGACUAGAGGCCAUGCCUUUUCCUUCUGUUCCUUCCUCUGAUCUGAUCAGCAUUCUCAACUGAAACUUUAUCAAUAGUAUAUCAGAGACUCAGAACUUGAAGACCAAUGCUCUCCACUGCCUAGAUAGAAUCUGUGGGCUGAGGCUUUGUCUGUCAGUGUCUGUCUGAAUUAAUUACUGUAGCAUUCUCCACCCUAGUUCUCAUUUUCCAGCUAUAUCUCACCACUCCACUGACUUUGACUCUAUGAAAGGGACUUAUGGUAGAGGAGAGGAAAAAAGACGGACUCUAUGAGUUUAUAUCGCUGCCGAAAACCCCCGUUGCCUUAGAACACCUGUCUUGUUCUAUUUUUCCUUUUUAGUAGAACUUCAGGUCGAGAGUUAUGAAUGGAACCGGUUUCUAGUGAUAGAUAGCGAGAUUAGGGGAUAGAAUAAAUAAAUGAAAAAACAUUUUAUGCUACUGAUAUUGCAAUAGCAUAUGGGUCUUUCUGCCAAUUAGGUGCCUUUUUUGAGUAGUUGUAAAACUUGAUUUCACCCAAUUUUAACAAUCUGCCAUAAAGAGCACAUGUUCAAAACACGUUUUCCCAUCUUGAGUUUAAAUUAAAUACAUUACCAUAGUAAGUGUCAAAUAAAGUAACAGGGUUGACCGUAACAGGGUUAAAUCAGCCAUAAAUCCCCUUGUGACAGAGGAAAUGGAAGCUUGUUGUGUGUGUGCAACAGGGAGGGGCAAUUUAAUGCAAAUUAAAUUGUUCAAAUAUUUCUAGCCGGUCAAUUUAUGGGUAACAGGGUAGACGUGUUAUGUUCAACCGGCUCUGUUUUCCACAAAAAAACACCAGAAAAUUGCCAAAAAGAGUAGAACCAGCUCACCUGCUUGUACGCUAUGAUUUGACUAGAGAAAUAUUUACAAAGGAAUUUCACCAUAUUAAAAUGAGAGUUCAGUUAGUUUUUAGUUCUUUUUAACUUUAAAAUGAAUCACUAAUCACAUUAAAUAAUGAACUCUUCAGAAAUUACUUUGUCAAAGCAACAAAAUAACUAGGGCUUUCAAAUUAAGUGGGUUAAAAUCUUCCUAGAAGUCACAGGAUGCUUAGAGGGAAAUGUCAAAAUGGUGAAUUUUGGCAGUUUAAAUGGUCUUUAUUCAUAUUAAAUCAGAUUUAUAAAAGGUUCCAUGUGGUCAGUAUUAAAGGGCACUUCACUUAAUAUAACAGGCUUUUAAUAUUUGUAACUGGCACUAAUUUCGGAACGACCCAUAUGUAACUGAUUUUACAGUUUAAUAUUAUACGAAGUGAAGCUGCUCUCCUGAAUAUUGACAGGGGUAUGUGCUGUUUGCAGUUAGCAUGGUAGUCACCCCCUGGGCCCAAUCUUCAUAAAUCGUCUGAGUAGGAGUGCAGAUCUAGGAUCAGGUUCUCUGUGUUCAUAUCAAAUUCAUUAUGACCUUAAAGGCAACCAUGAUCCUAGAUCAGAACACCUAGUCUGAGGCACAUGCACAAUACAGGCCCUGAAUAUCAGGCUGAUUUAUUGAAGGAUUUUCUCACAGUAGGUUCACAGGCACAGCUUUUGGUAUGGUUGGGUUUCAUCUUAUCGCUACAAUCAGAAUGUGUCUUUUCUCCAGUUAUCUCCUUCAAUCCCUAGAUUGCAUUGAUGUGGGGUUGCAUUUUGCCUUGUGUCAAAUAGAAUAGGUACGGGUGAAAUGGUCAAUGCACUACCUUCAGGUGGGCUGGCUAUAUUCACAUCAGAAUGGUGGUUUGUCUUUUCCAUUUGUGUUUUAUGUUAUUGUUCAUUACCUUAUGGAGCUUUUAUGUUGGUUUUCUAUGAUUGUCAAUGUAGCUUAAAACUGAGGGAUUCAAGUCCUAGUGGCCUCUCCAUAGUCAGAGACUUGGGAUCUAUCUCCAUACUCUAAAUUGGCUGAAAGGUUUGAAAACCAGGAACUUUGUCCAUGGAUGACCAGAAACCACUAUAACUAAUUAGGUCUAUAAACGGAAUCAGGCACUGGUAAACGACAUGAGAACUGAUGCCUGUAGACUGUGUAGUACACUCAUUGGUUGUACUGAUUCUGCUGAAGCACUGAUUUUAAAGAUUGAUAUAGGUACACUGGGUUAGCAUUUACAGCAUUACCCCACUAGCCAUUCUUUCAUUUUGUGCUGUCUAAAAUCUGUCACCCCUAGAAUUCCCCAGUGCAAUGUCCUCCUCACUGCAUGGCUUGUCCUCUGACUUUCCUCUUUGCACACCGUCUCGACCCCCUGACCAAUAUGAUUGUUUAAUCUAGAUCCCUACUGGGAAUUAAACCUCUGUGUGUGCAUCACAUAGAGGACUCGUGCCACUUGGCUGAAACCAAAGAUGGCUUAGAGAGAAAGCAUUGGACGCCUGAUAGUUGUGCUGGCGGAUGCAUGCUGACAUGGGAAUAGAUGGGAUUCCACUUACUCCGGGUAUGCUGAGUUGUGUGUGUGUGUGCUACUAUCUGAUCUAGGAAUCUCUUGGAUGACCUUCUUCACUAUGUAGGCUGUCUUUACCUUUUCUACUCCAUAUGAAGCCUGAUUAUGCAUGACACACAGACCCUGUAUUAGAUGAGUGGGAUGUACAGAGAACCACACACAGACCACUGACAUGACUUCACAUUGGAGUCUCCUGAAGCAUGCUAUAGUGUAUGCUUGUGUAGUGAUUCGUAAGACGUAUGCUACAUGCACCAUGUACCUUUUUAACACUUCAUGCAGUGGUUUAUUAUGUCAUAUCAUGUCUAUUUGUACUCUUCAGUUUGCUUCAGUUGAUGUAUAACUUGACUUUUACUCCAUUAUGAUGUGGAUAUGCUGUCCAGGGUGACUGCGCCAGGAGAUGGAGCUCACCGCAGGACAUUGAAAAUGUAACAAGGACAAUGUGAUACUGUAUUUCUGAUUUAAUUCCUCCUCUCUGAAUGAAGUCUGCACAGUCCAGAGUGGCCUUAUACAACGAUUAAUAAACAAAAAGAUUAGACAAACACUGGUGAAGUGGAUAAA